AUGAGUGCUCAAGGUGGAUGUGUCGCUUGUAAUGAUGAGUCUGAACAUUUUGAUGCCAAACAUGAUGGUGAUUGUUCUGAAGGGGAAGAUGCUCAAAUUCGUCUGGCACCACAUGUGCAGGCAUACUUGGCACACAACAACCCCACUACUAACUGUUGUGGAUUUGCUAUACCUAUUGCAUUCGAAAGAGCUGCUUCUGGUACAUGGUGGAAUCCACGAUUUGAUUCAAAAAUAUUGGAAGGACAGUAUAGAAGUAGCUCUUUUAGACAGAUAAGAUUAAGAUUCAGAUUUGCACUUUUGUACAUUUUGAUAUUUUCUAUAUCAUGGUUCAUCUACUUUGUGGUCCUUGGCUUAAAUGGUGUGACUGUGAAAUGGCAGUUUUUGUGUUCUAUAUUUGCUGGUGUUCUUCUUAUAACAAGUGUUAUGUUGUUUGUUACCUUUACAAAUGUUUACAAAGUGUACACCUCCAGGCUGUCCUUAAUCAUGGCACUUGCUCUGUGUACUCUAAGCCUUUCUUUAGUAACAUUGACCACACAACUUGAAGAUGAUUUUUCCCAAGCAGCUGAUAUUAGUCAAUCGGGACAUUUUACUAUGUGUAUUGAAAUCCUAUUGAUUAUUUAUACUCUGACGCCAUUACCUCUAUUUGUCUGUGUUGUCAUUGGACUAAUGUAUUCCAUGGUGUUUGAAGUGUUAAAUAUUGUUUUGCAUAUAUCCGAACAAGAAUGGCAAUACCCUGGAAUGUUUGUAAGGGUCUUACUCCAAUUAUGUGUACAUAUAAUUGGUGUACAUAUUUAUCUAAUGACAUUUGUUAGAAUGCGUGGCACGUUUAUGAAAGUAGGUCAGAGUUUACUUGUGAGAAGGCAGUUAGAAAUGGAAAAGCAAUUAAAAGAAAAAAUGAUCCAUUCUGUAAUGCCACCAAAACUCGCGAGCUGGUUAAUGGAAGAACAAGUUUUAGAAUCGGAUACAACUUUUAAAACACACGAUCCUUUAAAUCCCCGAGCUUCAAACCCUGGGGCGUCAGAUAUAAAAUCACUAUUCAGACCUUUUAAUAUGAGCUCUAUGGAUAAUGUGAGCAUUCUUUUCGCGGAUAUUGUUGGUUUUACGAGAAUGUCUAGUAACAAAGGGGCCGAGGAAUUAGUUAAUAUAUUGAAUGAUUUGUUUGAAAAGUUCGAUGAUUUAUGUUUGGUGCACGGCUGCGAAAAAAUUUCAACAUUAGGCGAUUGCUAUUACUGUGUAUCCGGCUGUCCAGAACCUAGGCCUGAUCAUGCGACUUGCUGCGUGGAAAUGGGACUCGGUAUGAUCGACGCGAUACAAGAAUUUGAUAGAGAACGUAAUGAAGGGGUAAAUAUGAGAGUGGGUGUACAUACAGGAACAGUUUUGUGUGGUAUCGUUGGUACACGAAGAUUCAAAUUCGACGUCUGGAGUAACGACGUGACGUUCGCAAAUAAAAUGGAAUCCACAGGAAAGCCUGGACGUGUUCACAUUUCUGAAGAAACUAGUAAAUUUCUCGGAGGUUCUUAUGUGCUAGAAGAGGGUGAAGAAGUUUUCGGUCAUAAAACCUACUUCAUAGAAAGUCGACAAAUGAGUUCUCCAUACGACCACGAAAAGUGUAUCACUCCCUCCAAUCCAGUCAACCUCCGGCUUAUUAUAUCUCCCGCAGUGUCCCCUCAAUCUGUUUUAUCUUUUAAUCACUCUACUGCACCAGUGAAGCUUAGUGAAUAUGAUGAAAAGCACAAUAGGAAAAACGAUGUUAAAAAUUCCAACAAUUUUUUAUCUCCGAGCCAUUUCAAUUUUCGUAAUAAAGCAAGUUCAUUGCCAAGUAUAUUGGAUUCUGAUACUGAAAUAGACGAAAAGAAAGGCUUCCCGGAAAGGAGUGACAAUUCAUCUAAAAGUCCCACAUCCGUUGGAAGCUGCGGCAAAUACACUAACAAACUAAAAAACUGGAAAGUUCCUAGAUUUUUAAGGAAGCACUCAGAUACGCCAUUGCACGAAAUUAAAAAGCGUGAUUUGAGCGAUAAAACAAUUCAUUUUGUGGAAAGGGGGGAGGAUAUUGUUGUAUCGAAUAACGGCUAUCACCAAGUGCCUAUAGUGAUAGAAUCUCAGGAGAAUAAGCCCAGACCACUACAGAGUAGCAGUAAGCUAAAUAUCCCUAAUAAUCACGAAAUGGUAUCUUUUGAAAGAGAAAUAAUAGAUAUCCGCUCGUAUUUGAGUCAAUCUAGAAGUAAUAUGUCGCCAUUUGCUAGAAGUAGCAGCUAUAGAUCUCAGUACGGCAGACCAAAUAUAGAGGUACCAGUAUGUAGAGCCCGUAGUUCGACACUAACAACACAAGCGGACAUAAUCCGCCCUAAGGACCGCAAACUGAACCUCCCUCUGCCGGCGCGCCCUCCCGAUGACAUCAUCAGCCUCUGUCCCUCAGUGAACAGCCGAAAGGACUCGGGCAUCAGGAGUACCAGCCGGAGGUCGAGUAUUCAACAACAGAUAUUCGCACUCAACCAUGCUUUGGGAACAUCUCAAGCAGAUAUGAUGCAGCAUCGAGUGUCCGGUUACUAUACGUCGAGUCAGUCAUCUGUUAACGAAAUACCGUCUAGAAUUAGAUUACCGCCACCCUUAAAUGAAGAGCAGGUCCAGUCACUCCAAAAACUAAGGAAACAAUCUGAUCUGCAACUAAUAAGAUGCGUUCAAGAUAACGCUCGAUCUGGAGUAAAUUAUUUCGUGCAGCCACCUCUAAAUAGAUUCACGUUAUUUUUUAAAAUACCGGAAAUGGAACAACAUUAUAGGGAUAAAGCGCAUAGAAGUGACGACUGCGAAGAUUUCCCGCCCACUCUAACGACUUCGCGAUUUAACACGGCUUUGGACAUUCUCGUAUCGGCCGUCAUAUUUCUAGCUGUUUCCACUUCGAUAUUGAUUCUGUACAACGAAUGGCGUUAUACAAUAGGGUGGUUCAUAUUUUUUAUCUUCAUAGAGGCACUUGCUAUGUCGCUUUGUGUGUACAGACAUUAUUUAAAGUGGAAAACGAAACGCGACCCACUAGAUCUGACCGACUCUAUGAGAAGAUCUGUGAAGAUAUUCAGGAAACUUUCAGAUUGGUACCCCUGGCACUUGUCUGGAAGUUUGUUAAUUAGUUUACCUAUAUUAGCUGUUCUCAUAAACUUUUCUUGCCAAAACACAACAAUGACAAUUCUCAAGGGAGAUCAAUCGUUUUAUGUAUACCUAUUUUAUGUAAGUGUUGUACACUUUUGUAAUUUCACUCAAAUGAGUUGGCUGGUAAAGAAUUCUCUGGUCACAAUAUACGCUGGCCUCUUCCUCUUUUUUGCUGUUUUCGGAUGCCAUGAAGCCAACACUCUACUGUUAGAUCGUGAUAUUAGAUUAAAUCCACAAGUGUUUGCUCAAAAUAUAUCUAUAUUCGAUAUGGGUAAUUUUACUUUUGAAGAUUUUAGUAAAAACGCUACAAACGCUUUCGACGGUGCGCAUCAUAAAAUGCAUUUGAUCGAGUUAUAUUUAGACGUCGCGUUACUGCUGAUGUUAGUAUGGUUUCUUAAUAGAGAAUUUGAAAUAAGUUAUAGGCUCAGUUUCUAUAGCAACGUCGUCGCCAAUCGCGAUAAGCAAAGAGUCCAAAACAUGAGAAAUCAGGCUGAUUGGUUGUUACAUAACAUCAUACCACGCCAUGUGGCUGAUCAGUUAAAAAACACAGCGAAAUACUCAGAGAAUCACAAAGACGUCGCCAUUAUAUUUGCAAGUAUCGUCAAUUUUAAUGAAAUGUAUGACGAGUCGUAUCUAAAGGGUAAAGAGUAUUUGAGAGUUUUAAACGAGCUGAUAGCGGAUUUCGACGAGUUAUUAGAAAGGCCGGAAUUUCAACAUGUUGAGAAAAUUAAAACUAUCGGUAGUACAUUCAUGGCGGCGAGUGGCCUCAACCCUGAUUUGAGGCACUCUUCGCGCGGCACUUACGACCAUUUGUAUCAGCUAAUGGAUUUUGCAUUAGAGAUGCAAAAGGUGGUUGAUAAUUUUAAUCAGGACUUGCUCGAAUUCGAUUUUAUUCUCCGCAUCGGUUAUAAUUAUGGUGACGUCACAGCCGGUGUUAUAGGUACGACUAAAUUGUAUUACGAUAUUUGGGGUGAUGCUGUGAAUAUUGCCUCUAGGAUGGAUUCUACGGGAGUGGUCAAGCGAAUCCAGGUAGGCGAGGCGUGUAUACCUGUUCUGUCCGCCAAGUACGAGUUCGAGCCGCGCGGCAGUGUGUACGUAAAAGGCAAAGAUAACAUGAACGUUUAUCUCGUUGUAGCCAAGAACGAUGUA